UUUAGGCUAUGCCGCAUACGACGUUUAAAUUUGCUCGUUAGAUCAUUACAUCAAGUUAACUAUGCGGACACGAUAAUGCAUAUGUGUACUAUUUACAAAUAACAUCGCAUGUUGACUUUAACUGUUUAACAAUGAAUGAAACAACUAUAUGAAACUGAUGUGUAUGGAUUUACAAAACUGAAUCAUGUCGAGGUAUACGUUAAUUGGAUUUACGUCUGCAUUUGCGAUUGUAGUGGGGAUUGUGGCAUACUUCUUAUCCAAACGACGAAAAUGCACUGAGUCGAAUCAGAGAGCGCUGAGUGAUCUAGAACAGAGGGCCAUACAUUCUGAAAUAACAUUAUCUGUGGAAAUAGCCGAACAUGCAGAAGAAAACGAAACCUUGAAAAAAGAACGAGAUGUGUUGACUUUCAAAAUAUUGACUCGUGAAGACGAAAUAAAUAUUCUUCAAGCUGAAAUUAAGAAAUGUACUGAAUCAAAUCAGAUAGAGGUGCGUGAAUUAGAAAACAAAUUAAAGCGGAAAACACUUGAAGUGGCGUUAUUGAAACAAUCACAGUCUCUUCUCGAACAGAGGAUACAACAAAAAGAACAAAUUACGUCUAUUCUACAAGAACAAGGCCGAAGCGAUAGCGAAGAUAAUACUGAAAAACGAAUACAACUAGAAGAAUUAAAGAAGACUGAUACUGAACUUAAAAUAAACCAAUUAAACAUUGUCAAAGACAUUAAUGAAUUCAUCACGACACCAGACGUUGAAGUAGACGAAUGGGUUGACACAAGAGAUAUUCGGCAAACGCCUGGUCGCCCGAUUGCUAUCGCUGUAGCAUUAUAUUCCAUAACCAUAUAUUGGGAGUGCGAUAUUUUGGGAGAUGACUCCUAUUACCAACUUCAUUUCAAAGAAGAUUCUAGCGAGUCCGAUUGGAUAAUUUGCGAGGAAAGUAUAUAUCAAAAUACAUACAAACUUACUAACUUAAAAUGCAAUUAUGGAUAUUUUUUCCGAGUUCGUGUCCAUAAUGAUGUAAAAGAGGGUCCUUUUAGCGAAGUCAGUGAAGUAGUGCAAACAUUCAACAUUUCUUCGCCAGGGAUGAUUGUAAGCCGACCGCAGCAUCAACAAUCUUCUAGUGCCAUGCAAGAUGCGGUGGCAGUUGAAGAAGAAGAAGAGGACACUACUGAACCAAUGACAUUAUGGAAAAACCUUCUAAUGCAGUGUGUUAAGCCAGCGUUAUUGAUGAUUAAAGAUCACACAAACAUGGAACAAAGAGAAAAGGAACGGUGUGAUAUCGUACAAACUAUAUUGUCAUCCAACACAGCAUGUAGCAAUACGUUUAUGAACGGCCUGAUCGUUUUGCUGGAAAAGCUACUGAAGGAAAAAGAGCAUGUAACUGGUUAUUAUGCUAUUCCCUGGAAAGCGAGAGAUACAGCCGACAAUCAAAUAAAAUUACAAACAUGUGAAAAUAACGAAGUAGUUUUAUCUGGGGUAACGAACGUAAUAGCAGGGAUGAUAGCCUUUCUUGACAUCAACAACAACAUUGACCUAAUAAUGUGCGAGUACGAAUGGAAGCGGGAUUUUUUGCUACUGUGUCUGAAUAACAUGGAUCUUCUUACGCUAAGGUACAUAGACAUCCAAAAAUGGUUAAAAGAACAAAUAAAUACCCAACAAGUUGUGGACCCAGCCGGAAUCGAAACUCAUCGGUUCAAACUACGAUUCCCGUUCUCAUGGGUUAUUAUGCAACACGUCGAUGAUCUAUUUAAGGAGCAUAUACUUCAUGUGCAUGAAAUGACGGCCGCGUUACAUUCAGGAGCUAUCGGACAAGACCUGUCCCAUAUUACAAGUAUGUUAUUGAAUCGCCAUGAUUAUGAAAGUGGGAUAGCGCAUCUUAACAACGCAUUACGGGACUAUAUUCACGACUUUGUGCACACUGUUUAUAAUGCUGACGGAGAAGCCGAACUAAAUAUUGUGUGCCAAAAAGUGUACACGCAUACCAUAAACCUGUGUUACCCACGUGGCGAAAUACCUGAAAUACCCGACAUCAUCCGUCUUAUUGUGUGCGUCCGCUUCGCAUUUGAGGAAUUAGCAUGGCAACUCACAAACUUCAGGAAUGUGAAUUACAUAUGGCCGGAUUGCAGCGAAAAAAUAGAGGGCAUACGGCUCUCUAACCCUGAUCAUUUUAUGUUCAAAGAACACGAGUUUACACACGCAACACUGUGUCUACUUAUCGAGCAGUUGAACCCAACAUCAGAUGAGUUAAAUGACAGAAGCGGUCAGCUAAAUUGGCUUGAACGUGUGAAUAAAUAUCGAACAAUUGUGGAACCAAUAAUUCAACUCAAAAGAGACGAUGUUAUUCGUUAUGGAUGUCACAGUCCUGCAUCAGUCAGAAGAGCAAAAUGUAUGUGGAGUCGGGUCUUAGUGAUGAAGCUUUUUCUUGAGGAUGUUUGCACUGGAGAAACCCAAGAAAGUAUAAGAAUCAAGGACUGUAUGCCUUUGUGGGCGGUGCUUGGUGAGGAAACCGACUUGAAAGAUAUAAAAUCUUUUGCUGCGCUUGAAAAGUUCCUUCACAUAUGCAACACUGAAGAUGUUAAAGAUGCUAUCGGAUUAGGAAAAGUAAAACAGGAGACAUACCAGAAGCAGCGCAACACAUUUUUCUUUCACGUUGUGACCCAGUUGUGUUUUGCUGACGACGAUUUGCCGACCGAAGAAGUUUUUGGAAAAUUGCUAGAUUAUGUUACAUGUACUGCAAAAAAAAGAACACUAUACACGAGGGCCACGGGUGCAUUUGAUUCGAUUGUUGAUCUCGAUCAUGUCUUGAGAUCGUACCUGCUGCAGAUGAUGCUGAACUCAAGCAAAAGGCAAUACGUUUCCAAUUAUUUAAGACGGUACAUUGAAGAAGUCAGUUUAUGUGAAGAAGGCAAAAGAAAAGAGACGGUUGAUAUGUAUGUGAUGAUUACACAAUGUUGGGAGAAUAUACAGUUGCAACUUUUAAAUCAAAAUAAUGAAUCCAAAUUGAUACCUGUGCAGCAUCUGCUAGAAAACACAUUAAAAGUGAUGAACACCCCUGCAUCUCAGUAUGAUCUCUUGUUAGCAAUUGCAACAACAAGAGCUUGUAUACAAGUUGCAGCGCAGUGCCUUCAAAGAUGCUACGCGCAAGACUGUAAUAUUGAAGCAAUACCCGCUGAGGACGAAGGCAUCAUUCAGGUUACAAAGUCGCUAUUUGAUCAUGGAGGAACACAUUGGCCACGGGCUUACUUGGUAAGACUGUUUUGUCGACGGUACGGUGUAGAUGUGUAUCAGCGUUUAGCAUCCAAAUCGUUGCUUCAAUGGCUUGCUAUUGAUGGCAUGGACCAAAGGAAAGAGGUUUGUGACAGAUAUAUUACAGGUGGUGAGGUGUACAUAGAAAUCAGAGAGACAGUGUCAAGAACUGUUCUUGGCGAAGACAUUAAAACACUAGACGAGUUACUCCAUAAGGUUCGCGAAAGAGGUGAGCCAGUGGAGACGUUCAUUCAACUGGCCAUACACCGAGAGAUUACAUGUUCAAAAGUACGGCUAUCAGGACGUGAACAUACGAAUGGUUUGCCGAAAUUAAUCAAAUAUCUCGAAGGUGCAAGCAUAAUUAAAAACAAGGGACUGAUUGUAAAAUUAGUAAACAAUGAACUGCAACCGGACAUCCUGAAGAUGACGCCAGAAUGUGAUAUGAUGACUCAAGGAUUGCAGUGUUUGCUGGCACAUUUCUAUUUUGUUGUGUCCAAUCUUCAAGUAGCAUCGACGCUUCUUGACCCAUUAAUUGUGCUCACUAAUGGAAAUCCCAUCAUACAGGAUAUGUUUUUACCAACAAUGCCGCAAGAUGAUUUGCCAGAUAUUAAAAAUAUUGUUUGCACAGGAAGAGACGAACAAGCAGUUUUGUAUAAAUGCCCAAAUGGCCAUCCCUACCUGAUAGGGGAUUGUGGUAGGCCAUAUGUCAGUGGAUCUUGCCCUGCAUGCAGGGAGAAAAUUGGUGGAGAUAGCCACACUGCACAUCCAGGAAAUGUUAUAAUAAACAGCCGUGAUACAACAAAGCCAGGUCACAUAUUGGGCAGAGCCAAUAAUGGAGUAGAUUCAUUUCAAUCUGUUCGAGACUUGAAUACGACGUACUGUACAGCUACCAGACUUCUCCUUCAUAUGGCGAUGUAUUUUGGCCCUGUUCAACAGGUGACGCAUUUAAUUACACCUGGUAUUGACGAGGAUAAUGUUCAGAUCUUCUUGUUGGAUCAUAUCAGAAAUGACAUAUCCAAUUUAAAAAAAGCUUUAGGUCGAAGUGAUGAGGAUGUCCUCCUACUCAUGCAUAUAGCAAUAAACAGUAUGCUGAGAUUACAAGAUACAACGGUGUCACUGUCAGUGGCUAAAUUGGCCACGAAAACGGAUCGACAGGAAUGGGAAACGUUGUUUUCUACUCGAAUCUUACAAGAUGUUCUUGGGCAUGCAGAUUCUCUUAUUACAAACUGGAAUGAUCGUCUUGCCACAGACCAAAGAUUGGGCGCGGAUCCUUUGAUGCGCUUCAUAUUUGAAACUGACGGGAUGGAGGACGGUAAUCAAAUAUUGAACAUUCCACGGUUGUGGAGGGUUCGUUCGUCAAUCACAAUUGAACGCAUGCGACAAGACUUGGAAUCAAAAGGUCAAUCAGGAAACACGUCAAAUCCCAUGCUGCAAACUUUUAUGAACGAGGACUGUCUGCUACAGGCUCUCAAAUAUCUACCAAAUAUUAUCCGUCUUCAUAGAGCUCUUCUUCAGAAGUACCAGAAGAAACUUACCAAAACAGACGCAAACGAAAUAACAGUUAAACGUUUGAAAAUGGAGUGGUCAGCUGGAGAGGGCACUGAACAAUUGAUGGAUUGGAUUUAUGAUUUUGCACGUGCCUGGGACAUCACACGAAAAACACUGGAACAACAUGGUUGUACAACGGCAUUUGGACGAAUUUGUGUUCCGAAAGAGUUUUGCAAGCAACAAAUACAUGAUGAUACACCGCUAGCAGUUUUUCUUCCUGCAACCAAUGGUCCCGGUCUGUGUUCUUAUGCCAUGGUGGAUUUUCUUUUGCGAAAACAUAACGACUUUUUGGACUACUACAUAAGGAAAUCCGAAAGGACGGUCAUCAGACAUCCAACAACGAAACCAAUGGACAUUACUUCAGCACAUUUGAUCUGCUACGACCACGAACAUGACAUCAUGGCCCUUGUGGUGUCAAACUGCCAUUACAUGGAGUCAUUUGAGAAGGGCGGGGAAACUAUUGUGUACGAUUUAUCUGGCAUGCAGAGAAAGCUGAUUGACAGACUGCUCGUCUCUAAGUCAAUUAUAUACAUUCGCCGUUUUCUGGAGAUUGAUCUGAUGACUUACAAAACAGAGGUCACGAAUCAUGCCGUUUUCAUGAAACUUGGAGAGAGGAUUCCUCAGGCGCAUCUGAACAAACCAGUUCAAAAUCAGAUUUGCAAAGAAUUAAAAAGCCUGACGGAUGUAUACAGAUCCCUUGAUGAUCUAGACAUUGCGAUCAGCGUAUUGAAGACAACUGGAGGAGAUCCCAGAGCUCAUCUGAUCACAUUUAUGGUUGAGACCUUGCACAUUCAAGAUGCAAUUGUAAUCCCAAAGGUAAACCAAUGCUGCGAGUUACAACAUGCAAGGUCAUUGUGGCUUUUGCUGGCAUUCCAUAAAUCUAAAUUGCUAUUAAACAGUCGACAGAGUAUAGAGGCGGUAUUUGAAAUUUUUCAAAGCGACAUGCUCGAAGAUAUUGAUGGUGAUUUGGAAAGGGGUUUUACUGACUACAUUAACGCUCUAAGCGUUGGUGAACUUGAAACCAUACUGGAAGCUAUGCAUGAAUUCCUGUUACUCAGUGUUUCUAUUCGUCAAAACACGGACGACGAAGAUUUUAUAGACACAAGCAAUUACAGAUUCGUUGAUGGCUUGCGGGAAUACGUUGACCAGAAUGAACAAGCAUUUACUCUAGAUGCUUUAAAAUUGGAGAACUUUCCAAUGGAUAUCUUGUACAAACACGGAGCGAAAGCCUGGGUUUUAGCUUGCGAAACGUGGAACAAAACAUUAGGGAACGAAGACGGACGGCAGUCUACAUGAUACUUGUAAGGGAAUAACUGUGUGGAUACGUGUAUCACGGUAGACUGUCACGUGACAAUAUACGAAUGUCUUGCAUUGAGACAUCUUUGUGUUUCAAUCACAAUUUGACUGCACGUUAACGUAUUUAAUAACGCUUUAAUAAAAUGACAAUUUUAUUAGUAAAAAUGUAAAAAAAAAACGUUUCUAGUUUGCCAAUAAUUUACGCCUUGGUUGCGCGACAUUAUUCGCACCUGCUGAAUUCUAACGCAGAUAUAGUGUUAAUCAAACCGAGAACAAGAAGAUUUUUAGGUAGAUUAAUCAAACCAAAAGCAUGCGGCUGUAUAUUGUAACUUAUGGUAUCACUAUAAAAUCAGGUAUGGAAGUAGACAUAUCUAAAUAACUUAAAGCAUCGUUUAUUCAUAUCUUAAAAAUUGUCAUUACAUAACAUCUUAUUUAACAUUUAACUAUGUUUUAAUACAUAAAUGUUAACUAAAGUAUAUGUUGAAAAAAGUUUUCUGCGACAUAUGAAUGGAUUUCUAUACAUAACUAAUAAAAGGUGGAUUACAAUCUCCAUUUAACAAUGAUUUGUCAUAUUAUGAACAUAUUUGUAAUGCUAUUGUAUCAAGUUAUUAUAUUUAUAUUGGAUAUAUAUGAUUAAGUAUACGUAAGUAAUAAUCUCUGUUUAUGUUUUAUUUCGGGAGUAGAUAUUUAAUACCGAACUCUAUGACCUAUACACAUGUAUGUUAUGCUUAUAAUUAACACUUAUAUAACUUUUGCUUUCAAUCUGUGUCACUAUCAUGAUAUACUUAUAGACACAAAUGUAAAUAAAUGUAAUCGUUGUGAAUACAUGUAUAUGUUUUACACGUAUGCAUAUGUUCAACGGACCAUUAAAGAAGCAUUUUAAAGCAGUGUAUUUGAUAACAUAGUGUGUCCUUUCGAUCAUUCUAACCUUCCAAUAGAGUGGUUCCACACUUUGAAGUUAGUCGAUUUAAUAGAUUUUUGUGUUAAAUCGAUGACAUUACAUUUGUUACGUUUCGAAACUUUUAUAAUGUACUGAUUAUAUAUUUUAAUGAAAAACCUUUUUUUAUAGAUUUAUUUGAGUUCGUUUUUAAAUGUAAUAUUUUACAGUUGUUCAAGAUAAUAUUUGUUUUUCAACUGUUCUGGUUGCUUAAAUUCAGUAACGGAAUGCCGUUUUUCAUGUGUGGAGUACGUACUAAGAUGAGCAGCUGUUUUACGUGCGCAAAGACUUAAUUGAAAAUGGCAUUUCUGGAAAAUAUCACUACUAACACAUCAUUAAUAAUAAACACGUCAUAUACAAGUUCCACUAACACGUUUACGAUUUACUAAUAUGCUGAUAAGUUCUACCUUCUAGCACUAUAAUUAUAUUCGCCGUGUUGACAAGCCAUGCAAUAACAUUGAUUUGUUGUCUAAUAUUAAUUAAACUGAAUGAAAACAGCGUAAUUUAAAAUACGUGUUGACGUAAUGGAACUGUUUGUGGGAAUGUGUUUUGCAGAAAAUGAACGUGCUAAGAAAUACGAUAGCACAAUCAUAACAUUUAAAAUACAAUUGAAUCAUGCAUGAAGAUGGUAGAUGGUAAUUUAUUAUGCAUAAAGAUGGUAGAUGGUAAUUAAAAUAAAUUAAGUUUACGAGUUGGUUAUUGAGGUAAUUCUCAACGAUUUCUCAUUCCUUUAUUCGUCAUCAAAUGCUUAUCAUCUAAUCAACAACAAAAAUGUAUCCUGAAUAAUCAGUAUGUAUUGGCCUUUUAUUAAAUAGUGCAAUUGUUAAUUAUUGUCUUUGUAAGUGUAAUGAUUUUUGCACAUAUAGCAAUCAUGUUAAUUACACUAAUGUCAUUGUAAGUUUGAAUGGUGCUCUCGUACGUGUGCAUUGUUUUCUGACAGCAUGUAAUUUUAAUCAUUGAUGCUUAGUACUUUACACUUCUUUAAAUCGUAAACAGUAGAUAUUUGUAUCCAAAGAUUUUUUUGUCUGAAUAUAGCACCAAAAUGUAUUAUGUCAUAGAUCAUCGUUUUAUACGAAGCUGUUAAUGUGUUGGUUGCCAAUUUACGUACAUGUAUUUUGUAUUAAUUACAACUGUUAUUAAUGUAUUAUUAAUUGGGCGCUACAUUAGAAUGUUCAAAUGAUACGUAAAUACGUUCUACUCAGAAACUGAAUACUGGUAAUAUGUUCUGUCACAUCAUAUACAUGUGAGCUUCUUGACUUGAAGUUCACCAUUUGAAAACUAUAACUUGUUAAAACAAUGAUUUAUUGGAAUUACAUGUAAACAAAUGUAAAUUGAAAUAGUUCAAUAGUUUAUCAUAGCGCAUAACAUUUCACAGCAAAUAUUCAUUUUUCAUGUAAGUGUUAGCUCUUUUAGAUAAACGUUGUUGUUCAAACAAUUAUCCUCUGCAGAAAUCUUGCCAGUCUCCUCCACUUAACAAUAUUAAUAAACAUUGCUGUUGUUUCUUUUAUAACAAACAAUAUGUUACAUUAUAUGAUUUUUUAUGUUUGUAAAAUAACAAUAUAUUGACAUUUGAUAUUGUAGAAAUAUACAUGAUUAUAAAUGA